UGUCGAGGAAGAUUUCUUUAAAAUUCUCUACUUCUCUAAGUGUUUCACUUUCGUGCAAAGUAAUCGAAGACGAAGAGGAUUAAUCGAAUGGGAUCGCUUUCCUCAGAAAGAGGAAAGCUCUCUUUCUUUCCUCGAGGAUCUUCCCCUGAAGAAAAGGUCUCUUUCUAAAAAACAAGAAAUUCAAGAACCGAGACCUUCCUUCGCAAGAGAAAGCACGCUCCUUGACAUCGAGCGUGCGUUUCCUCCGGAGAAGUUCUACGCAGAGGAGAAUCCUGACAUUAAUCGUUCCGGUUGCUGGAACAUCGAAGACCGCCAUUGCGGUGAACGACGACAGGUGCGCGUGACACGAGAGGGACAACCAUGAAUGUUAGCACGAAUGACCUUCCGGUGCGGCGAUGCAGCACAACGUGGCUCGCGUGACUCGCACUGGUCACGAGUAAAGAGAAUCGGUCUCCACCUCUAGCCAUCACCCUCCUCGCGUAAUACCGCGGCGGCGACGGCCACCACCACCAACGGUGCAACGCGCUGGCCCGUCUCUUCUAUUCAACCCCCCGCGUCCGCGGGAUACAAUCCUUACGACGAGGACACGCACAGGGUGGCACGAUAGUAUGACGGUGAUGCUGCUGCAACGUUCAGUCACCCCGCAGUCGACGCACAGACAAAAGACAGCGACGAAGGACUGCAGCGCGAAGCCGCCCUUUCUCUUUCUGCUGGACGACCGUGAGGAGCAUCGGCAUUCGACCGAUACCAACACCACGACUACUACAAACAACAAUAAUAACAACAAUAAUAACAAUAAUAAUAAUAAUAAUAAUAAUAAUAACAACAACAACAAUAACGUCGACAACAAUAACGUCUUCAAAAGAGGCGAUCGGAGGAGUAACAGCCGCGAUCACGUCGCCGACGAGGCGCCGUCGUCGGUGACGUCCCAACGACUCGCCGACGGUGGUGAGGACGUCGCGAUGCGAUAUUACCGCCUCUGGAUCUACGCCUGUAACCUGGUGCUGUUCGGUAGCGCGAUCGGCUUUGCCGCCGCGGUGUCGCAGACUCUCCUGUUCACCGGCGACCCACGUCGGCACGUGGUGCCGGGUGUACCUCGCGUCUACGAUCCCACCGCGCUCUACGGCUAUCUGGCACUGACGGCGCAGUUGGGCCUGGUGCAAUUACUCGGUUGCAUCGCCGCCAGACGGCUCAGCGCCCGGUUGCUUCAUGUUUAUUGGAUAUUAUUGCUGAUACUGCUGUUCGGCGACGCCGUCGUCGGGGUCGCCUGGAUCUUCCGUUUCGAGAAAAUGCGCGCCGACCUCAGACCCAUGCUCAAACUACGUUUGCAGAUGGAUUAUGAUAAGGAGAUACGAUUCAGCGAACAAUGGGACCGACUUCAGCGGGAGUUCAUGUGCUGCGGGGUGACCGGACCCAAGGAUUUCAAUCACCGUGACAACUUGCCACUAACCUGCUGCGAGCCCAGUGUUAACGUCAGCGAGGCCUGUCAGAACCCGUACAUGCGCGGCUGCGAGGACACGCUUGUACGCUGGCUCAGGAAGACGGCGGACCUACUGUUUGUCCUCGGCUUCUGCGUCAUCGCCUUCGCCAAGCUCUGCUUCCUCGGCAUCCUACGCUACGAGAUACGGGAAAUGAUACAGAAGAUACGAAUGCUGAGGGAACCGCCGCCGCCGGCCACACCGUUCGCGCAACCGCCCUUUUCCCAGGUGCUGCCGGAAACAGCCAACAACGGCAGCAUAGUGAGACGCACAACGUUACCUAACACUGUUAUACCUUCCGGCAACGCGUCGAUGUUGCUACAGUCGGACGAAUGCAACACCGGCCGGCAUCCUCUGUUGGCGAACAAUCUGCAGGACGGUGGUGCUGACAGCGAUACAAAUAGCCACUGCGCGCUAAUACUCGAGGAAACGACACCUACCUCGACGAACAACCACAAUUGCGCGGCCGGCGGCGGCCGUGAAAAAAGCAACGGUAACAACAACUACGAGAUGCGUGAGUUUAACCGCAGGCUGUUGCUGUCGAAUGGUACCAGCCCAGGCACAGGCGUGACCGUAACAAGCGGUCAGAGUAGGCGCACCUGACUAUGGAGAUGGUGGCGAAGCACCCAGAACCGUUUCCUAUACAGGAGCAAUCGGCGGCGCGCCGAUAUACCGCUAUACAAGUAAAAGUACGACAAACUCUUUGUCAUACGUUUCAGUUUCUUUUUUAAGAAAAUAACACAUACAUCUAGCGAGCUACUAGCUGGCGCGAGUCCAACGGACGAUGUGAUAUACCUAAGAAAACGUCGCCGCCGCCGCCGUCAUUAUCGAUGUCGUCGUAUCGACGAAAUCGGUGAAAGUGAAGAAGGUUGACAAUUGCGUAGCUUGUCUUCUAUAGUCAUCCCUACUUCUCACUCUCGAGGUCUUAUCGCCGAUAGUGCACACAAACAUAAUACCGAGGGAAGACUGCGGCGACGGAUGACGUUGACGGCACAUGAGAGACCAAGCAUUCAUGAAUCGAUAUCACGAUGGGACUUUACAAUUAUUAAUGAAAGAACCAAAUCAAAACAUAUAUAAUAGUGCGAGAGAGAUAGAGAGAGAAAGAAAGCUAUCUCCAUUUUUGUAAGGCAAAAUUCAUGAAGAAGCGUUUAAAUUCGCCAAGAUCACGACGCGAGAGUGAAACUCCCCCGAUCUUGCGUGAUCCGAAGGUGAAAAAAAAAAAAGAAAAGAGCGCAAUCCGAGGCUGGAACGUCGUUGCCCUAUGAUUCCUUAAAACGAGCGACGAGCAACUCACCCCGCGUGAAAAACAGUUCGAAGAAACCAUUCUAUUUACGGCCCGUACUCUCGUAGUCGUAUGCUAAUUUCGUCAUCAUCGACAUCGAACUACAGAGGGUAGGUGCACGCUAAUUUUAAAUGGUUAGAAACAACUUUCUUUAGUCUUCUGACUUUUAUGGAAUAAAUCCGCCGCUUUUCCACGCGAGCUUUCGCUGUGUUUGUGCGCGCGCGUCCCUAGCCGCGGUGACUACAUCGUCGGGUUGUUCAUUAACUGCCCCGGGCUCUCCUCGCAAGUAUACAUCUUGCAUAUACAUGCCUUACUGUCCUCGCAUAAUCGGUGUGCAUAACUACUUUUGCAGAUUUUAUUUUUAAUCGUGAAACUUUCUUGCGUUCACCCAUAUCCGAAUAAAGCCGUCAUCGAUCGUGUCAUCAGUGUACCCGAGAUAUCAUCCAUCGUGCUGUUUCUCAUUCGAAGAUAAACUCCACGCCGGUAGUAUGUCACAGUCGAAUGUAACUAUCAUCGCCUAUAAAUGACACACGAAGCUCUUGUUCCCGUUGAAUCUUUGCAUAGAAUUGUUUUUAGACUAACAAUUCUGAGUUAAUUAAAGACUCUCGAGCUAGUAAUCAGAUGUAUUUCGUGGAUCGUGUUUCUGUCUGGCAAAACAUUAUUUUUAGUGUAUCUCCUUUCUAUCUAUAUUAUAUGUCGCAAAGGUAUCUCUCUCAAAAAUCCCAUAGAUAUUCAUUUUAUCUUUUGAACACAUCAUGGAUAUUAUUAUACCAAUAUUAAAACAACAGAAGCAGUGAAUUUAGUUGACUGUUCGAUCUUUUCUAUCACUAUUUGAAGAAUAGAAGUUAUGAUUCAAAACUUGUUAACAAUUUCUGUGACUUUUAUUCGACUUGAGGAAAUUAUAUCUUUGCGACUUCACGUUUGACUCUCUUAAUAAUGCAAACAACUUGUAUUUGUUCAGACCAGAACUAUGCUUUAUAGUACUGUCUAAUCAGCUAUCGUAUCUCGCGACUACAUUCAUUAAGUUCUGUAAUGAUUCUUAAGAGAUAAUUACGAUAGUUACGGGAGAAUAUUGUGAGAUACUACUGCCAAAUUGAUGAUCCUCCUACCUUUCUCUGACAAGAUGAAUGUAUGUUUAGACAAAUUAUUCUUGAGCGACAAGAAUUUGUUUAGUUUUCUCCUUAAUAAUAUUAAUAAUAUAACAGAAAAUGAAAGAACGAGGAAAUGAGAGGGAAAGAGAAAUUUCCAAUAUAGGCGAUGAUUAAAUAAUUUCUAAUCGCUGUUACAUAACAUCUAAAAGAUACGCGUCACGCAAGUAGCUUGUACCGAUACGUUUCCUUGUAAUUACACCAUCAUUAUUGACUAAGAUAAGUAUGGAUCGGAGAUACUUCAUUCAAUGUUUCAAACUAUUUUCCCUUUUUCUUUUCGCACGCCUCAUACGCCACUCCAGUGUCCCAAUAAUUGAGAUCCGUCUUAGCGACAAAGACGUAGCGUACACUCGAAAUAAUUGGCUUCCUAGCUAGGAUUAAAGGAAUCUUAGGGUUAUACAUUUAAUGAGAAUGCAAUGAUAAUGGAUACAAAUACUAUAGUAGGCUGUAUAUACCGGCAUAGAUAAUAAGUGUCGAUCGUCUGCUUAAGGAGAAACCGAGAUAUUAUCUGUUAAUUGUUCGAACGCAUGUCUCCGCCGAUGUCAUAAAAUGGGACGCUUUACGUUAAUCCUAUCUGUCGCAGUUGAAUUUACGUGUUUCGAAAUCUGGCGUUUUACAUGUCCAAGUAUAAUUACGCUAGUCUGGAAAACAGGGUAAUUAUUAAUCUCAAACGGUUGCCUGAUCAUCUUUGGGCCACUAUUAGCGAAGUAGAACAUUUGUGCGUGUCGCCAAAUAAGAUAAUUGAUUCCUUUCGUUUUCUCCAGAUAAGAAAAGAUUCUUUUGCCGACUACGUGCAAGUUCAAUCAUUUUUUUCUUAAUCAGACCAUCGAAUUAUUGUUGAAUGUAAUAAUAAUGUGAAAGCUUACACCUCGCAGACACACAGCCUCUGCCACUAAAUGUAUAUAAAGAUAUUAUAUACAAAAGAUAGAGAGAUAUUAAUCGUUUUUUAAUUAAUUAAUUAGACGAAAGAAAAUACAUUU